AUGUCGUCCGACUUUUCAUCGCCUAUGAAGAAGUUUAAACUGGUGUUUUUGGGAGAGCAAAGUGGUAUGUUUAGUCUUUCUACGAGAUUUUGGAUAGUUUAGGUGUUUAACUAGUAUCUGUAAUGUUUUUCAUUAGAAAUUAAAGGCAUUAUAGUUAUUUAAAGGCUAACAUUAUUUAUAAAACGACUAAUUUAACCUCCAGAUAGAAAUGUUAUGUUGAACUAAUCUUUUUACGUUUUUAGUUGGCAAAACUUCGCUUAUCACAAGAUUUAUGUAUGACAGUUUUGACAAUACGUACCAGGCUACGAUUGGAAUCGAUUUUCUUAGCAAAACAAUGUAUUUGGAAGACAAAACAGUAAGGAGAAUUAAAUAUUGUUAUUGAAUUUUAGAGCUUUUGUGGCUGUUUGAGAUAUUGAUGUACAUAAAGUUGAUAAGGAAUUAAACUAGUUAACAAUUCGUUAGGCCAACUUUUAUAUUAGGGUGCUUAUGAAGUUAUUGUUAUUAAUUGUAGGUGCGUUUACAAUUAUGGGACACAGCAGGCCAGGAGCGUUUUAGAUCGUUGAUACCUUCUUAUAUACGUGAUUCUACUGUAGCUGUUGUUGUAUAUGACAUCACAAGUAAGUGUUAUCAAUUUUUUAAUUAUUUUUAGGUAACACUAAUAUUUAUUUUCUUUUUUAGUCAAAUAUUUUUUUCGAAUGGUUUUUUUGUCAUUUUGACUAUUAUGAUUUUUUGUUUGUGUAUAGCAUUUAACGAACUGUUUUUUAGAUGCAAAUUCAUUCCAUCAAACAUCGAAAUGGAUUGACGAUGUGAGGACAGAACGUGGAAGUGAUGUUAUUAUCAUGUUGGUUGGUAACAAAACAGAUCUUUCUGAUAAAAGGUAACAUGAAUAACAUUUUUAUCAAUUGAAACUUAUUUUUGAGCCUUAUACUUAUAAAUAUUUAAAAUACGCUUUCUUUAUGUCAUUUUAUCAACUGAUUUUGUAUUUUAGACAAGUGUCAACAGAAGAAGGAGAACGAAAAGCAAAUGAGCUGAAUGUCAUGUUUAUCGAAACUUCAUCCAAAGCUGGUUAUAAUGUAAAACAGGUUAGUGUUUCGAAUGGUAUUGUAGAUAGAAGUAUUAGGUGUGUUCUGGUAUGGUCUAAUGGUAAAAUUGGGGGCUUUUAUAUAGUUUUAGGUAACAAGAAUUUUAAAAUUUAACAAAUUGCUUUUUCUAGAUUUUCAUAACAAUCGUUUAUGUUUUAGCUGUUCCGUCGCAUUGCUAACGCUCUGCCAGGCACAGAGAACGAACGUCAAGCUGAUGCUCGCCAAGUGGUGGAUAUUGGGCCAAUUAAGCCGCGUCAGAUCGUCACGGAAGAAGGAUCGUGUUAUUGCUAA